AUGGCGUCGACGAUGGACGACGGGGAGGCGCGUCGAGGGGGAGAGGCGACGACGAGCGCGUCGAGUGGGCUUCCGGUGCGCGUGUUGGUCGAGGCGGCGAUGCUCGCGGCGAUGACGGGUCUGUCGUUUCACAUAUCGUCCCUGUUUCGCUUCGACGCGUACUUUGGGGCGUUGUUUCCAUUACCAGUCGUCAUCGCGUGCGCGCGGUGGGGGAGCGCGGCGGCGAGAAGGACGCUCGUCGUGGCGACGCUGGCGCGACCGAAGACGACGAUGUCGAGUAACGAGUUGGCGCCGAGGCGGUUGGCGCCGUGCACGCUCGCGCACGCCCUGAGCGCGUUAUGGAGCUCGGGGGCGAGUUGGUGGGUCACCGUGCCCGCGAGUGCGCUCACACGGACGUUUGGGAUCGUGUGCUCGCUGUCAGUUUCGUCGCUGCUGUAUCGAGAAAACGUGAUGAAGCUCUUAGUGACGCAGAUGUACGCCCUGCUGGAUCAGUUCGCCGCCAAUGUUGGAGCAACGUUCGCACCGGACAUCACCUGGGUCUGGGCCACAGCCAUGGUUCUCAUACUCGUCAACUCACUCAGCUACACGUUGAUUUUGCACAUGGUGUACACCAUCGUGCUCAACGCGGUGACGCGACGGAACUUUGCAAACGCCCCGGCCAAGGUGUGCCGCGCCCUCGGCGUCCCGUUCUGA